AUGGCGCUGGAGAACUCGGUCUUUCCCUCCCGCCCGGACUCCCUCUCACUCCCUGUGGAAGAGAAGGGGGAAGGGGAGGAAGUGGAAGUGGCCACCGAGGCCACCGUCUCCACCGGAGUCUUCAACCUAUCGGAGGAGCUGGGCCACGUUGUCACCACGGAGACGCAACCGUCCUCGCCGGUCAAGGUCAAGAGGUCGUUCCAGGCCAAGCUGGCGGAGCGGGAGGCCACGGCCAAUCAGACCAGGAAGAAGACCCAGGGGACGGAGAAGGAGAGAGGACGAUUCGGGUGGGCCCGGACUCGGCGUAAGAGACAGCGCUAUGUGGAGAAGAACGGUCGCUGCAACGUGCAGCACGGCAACAUGCGGGAGACUUACCGCUACCUGACUGACAUCUUCACCACGCUGGUGGACCUCAACUGGCGCUGCUCGCUCUUUGUCUUCGUCAUGGCCUACGCUGUCACAUGGCUCUUCUUUGGGGCCAUCUGGUACCUCAUAGCCUACUGCAGGGGUGAUCUGGACCAUCUGGAGGAUGAGACGUGGACGCCGUGCGUCAACAAUGUCAACGGCUUCAUCUCGGCCUUCCUCUUCUCCAUCGAGACAGAGACCACCAUUGGCUAUGGCCACCGUGUCAUCACUGACCAGUGUCCAGUGGGCACCAUGCUGCUGCUGCUGCAAGCCAUACUGGGCUCAAUGGUCAACGCCUUCAUGGUCGGCUGCAUGUUCGUGAAGAUCUCGCAGCCCAACAAACGGGCCGAGACGCUGGUGUUCUCCAAGCACGCCGUCAUCUCUCUGAGAGACGACAAGCUCUGUCUGAUGUUCAGGGUUGGCGACCUUCGCAGCUCCCACAUCGUGGGGGCCAACAUGAGGGCCAAGCUCAUCAAGUCCAAACAGACUCAGGAGGGUGAGUUCAUCCCGCUGGACCAGACAGACAUCAGCGUGGGCUUCGAGACAGGCGAUGAUCGUCUCUUCCUGGUCUCGCCGCUGGUGAUCUCCCACGAGAUUGACGCACAUUCGCCCUUCUGGGACAUGUCGCAGCCCCAGCUGGAGAAGGAGGACUUCGAGAUUGUGGUCAUCCUGGAGGGAAUGGUGGAGGCAACCGGGAUGACGUGCCAGGCGAGGAGCUCCUAUCUAGCCGAGGAGGUGCUGUGGGGUCACCGUUUUAGCCCGAUGAUGUCACUGGCGGAGGGCUUCUUUGACGUUGACUACGGAGCCUUUCAUCACACGUUUGAGGUGGACACGCCCUCCUGCUCAGCCCGAGAGCUCUCAUUGGCUGCAGCCAGACUCGACGCUCACCUCUACUGGUCCAUCUCCAGCAGGCUGGAUGAAGAACCCACUCUGACCAACCAGGCAGCCAAGCAGCCGGACAGCAGCUCGGCCAACAGCAAAGGAGGGGAGGCCACCUUCAUCGUCGGAGAGAUGACCGACAUCCAGGAGCAAACGGGACUGGGCGAGCUGAACGGCAGCGUCGCCACCGAUCAAUCGGAAUCAGAGGCCUAG